AUGGCAGCUUCUGGCGAUCAAGCCCGGCCGCGCUACCCAAUCUGGGGUUUGAAAGCACGUACAGCUCCUGGCGUCACUUUCGAAGAAUACUCGUUCUGGGCCAAGAUCGAGCGUGAGAUGGAGGAGAAAGAGCACGUGCAACUCCUCGCGACGACAAGAAAACUCAGCUUCUUCGACAGCAUCAGGGUCUAUCUCAAAUUGAGUCCGAGAACUCUCGAAGGUGGACGGCCUGUUCCAUCUGAAAUCCCGCUUGAUUCACAUGGAAGCGACAACAACAAGAACACUGCCGCGGCCGUGAAUACUACUGUCGAAGGACAGGCCGUUCAAGAGGAUUCUAUUAUACCUAUUUACGACUACAAUGCGGAAUGGCGACGUGCUGCUCGCGCUCUUCGUACGGCUAACUGGAUGACAACGUUUUACCUGAUUACCACUGACGUCCUUGGCUGGAGCCAAACACCAUAUGCAUUCGCCAGUGCAGGGUACGCCAUUACCGCAAGUGCCUUUAUCAUCUUUGGACUUGCUGCUGGUGCUUCUGGCUUUAUGAUUUGGAGAGUAUUCAUGAUGCUCGACUCAUCAAGAUACCCGGUCUUGAAUUUCGGCGAUGCUUUCUUCAGGCUCUUUGGACCCAGGACGCGAACACUUAUCAACAUCUUGCAGGCUUUCCAGAUUCUCUGCUCAGUUGCUGUCAUCUUAAUUAGUAACUCACAAAAGCUCUCACAACUAGCACAUGCUCGAGUCUGCUAUAUCGUUAUCGUUAUCAUCAACGUUGUUAUCGCCAUGACCUCCUGCACCCUUCGAGCGCUCAAACAACUGGGCUGGUUGUGUAACUGUGCAGUUUGGAUUAAUAUUGUCACCUUCAUCAUCAUCAUGACCGCAGCUGCAACUCAUGGUCCUGAUACAACUAUUGUGCAUCAGAUUACACUUAUCAAGGAUACGGCGCCAGUGAAGACUUUCAGCGGCAUUCCCCCUUCUGGAUACCAACAACAGACGACAAACACGUUCGCUGCGGUGUUCAAUGCAAUCGACACCAUCGCGUAUGCUUAUUCCGGCACACUUCUUUUUAUCGGCUUUAUGGCGGAAAUGCGUCAUCCCAUGGACUUUUGGAAGGCAAUAGUCAUAAGCCAAGUAUUCAUCGUUUUGGUCUAUUUUCUCUUCGGCAUCUUCGUCUACCAUUAUAUGGGUCAAUACUCCAUCCUAAGCAUUACUCAAGUCAUCAGCCCACACGCCAUACAAAUCCUAUGCAACAUUUCCGGCAUUAUCAUGGGCUUCCUUUCCACAUUUCUAUAUUUCAAUAUCGGCAUGAAGACUAUAUACCUUGAAGUUGGACAGGAGAUAUUUCGAUUACCACCAAUCACCGAGAAGAAAGGCUACUUUCUCUGGUUAGCUCUCGGCCCGGUCUACUGGAUUUUCGCCAUGAUACUGGCGGUUUCUAUACCCAACUUCGCUGGCCUUACCAAUUUGAUUGGCGGUUUGCUGCUUCUGAACUUUACAUACACGAUCCCUCCGGUCAUCUAUCUUAUGUACGUCAUUAAGAAACAUUCAGCAUUACCAGGCGAGGGUUUUGAUCCACAAACCGGUAUCACGACUCGCCACGACAAUGGCUGGAGACGGCACGUGCGUGGAGUUAAAAAGAGUUGGUAUAUCAGCAUUCCACUUAUCUCACUUGCUUGUGCCGGUCUUGCUUGCUCCGGUCUCGGUACCUGGUCUGCUAUUGAGUCACUGAUUCCAAUUUUUGGCCGCGGUGGCACUAUUCAGACUGCUUGGGGAUGUACAGCCGUUGGUUGA